AUGCGAGUUCUUUAUGUCUCUUCAUACCAACUUCUCGCCUCUUUUCUUUCUACGUCAAGACGAUUUCGAGUCUUUGACAACAGAUGCAUCAUGCGACUAAAACUAGACUCAACCAAAUUUUUUUUUUUUCUUUUAUCUCAGGAAUUCAUCAGAUUUUUUUUCUUUUUUCUUUUGCUCUCAGAAGAUGCAUCUUUGUCAUAUGCCUCUUUCUGUUUUUUUUUCUCUUUGUCUCUCAGAAGAUGCAUCCUUGUCAUAUGCCUCUUUCUGUUUUUCUCUUUGUCUGCCAGAAGAUGCAUCCUUGUCAUAUGCCUCUUUCUGUUUUUCUCUUUGUCUGCCAGAAGAUGCAUCCUUGUCAUAUGCCUCUUUCUGUUUUUUCUCUUUGUCUGCCAGAAGAUGCAUCCUUGUCAUAUGCCUCUUUUUCUCUUUUUUCUUUGUCUCUUUGUCAGAAGAUGCAUCCUUGUCAUAUGCCUCUUUCUGUUUUUUCUCUUUGUCUGCCAGAAGAUGCAUCCUUGUCAUAUGCCUCUUUCUGUUUUUUCUUUUGUCUGUCAGAAGAUGCAUCCUUGUCAUAUGCCUCUUUCUGUUUUUUCUCUUUGUCUCUUGCCAGAAGAUGCAUCCUUGUCAUAUGCCUCUUUCUGUUUUCUCUCUUGUCUGCCAGAAGAUGCAUCCUUGUCAUAUGCCUCUUUCUGUUUUUCUCUUUGUCUGCCAGAAGAUGCAUCCUUGUCAUAUGCCUUUCUGUUUUUUGUCUCUUUUGUCUGCCAGAAGAUGCAUCCUUGUCAUAUGCCUCUUUCUGUUUUUCUUUUUGUCAGAAGAUGCCAUAUGCCUCUUUCUGUUUUCUCUUUGUCUGCCAAAGAUGCAUCCUUGUCAUAUGCCUCUUUCUGUUUUUCUUUGUCUGCCAGAAGAUGCAUCCUUGUCAUAUGCCUCUUUCUGUUUUUCUUUGUCUGCCAGAAGAUGCAUCCUUGUCAUAUGCCUCUUUCUGUUUUUCUCUUUGUCUGCCAGAAGAUGCAUCCUUGUCAUAUGCCUCUUUCUGUUUUCUCUUUUUCUGCCAGAAGAUGCAUCCUUGUCAUAUGCCUCUUUCUGUUUUUCUCUUUGUCUGUCAGAAGAUGCAUCCUUGUCAUAUGCCUUUCUGUUUUCUGUUUUUCUCUUUUUCUGUUUUUCUCUUUGUCUCAGAAGAUGCAUCCUUGUCAUAUGCCUCUUUCUGUUUUUUCUCUUUGUCUGCCAGAAGAUGCAUCCUUGUCAUAUGCCUCUUUCUGUUUUUCUCUUUUUCUGCCAGAAGAUGCAUCCUUGUUAUAUGCCUCUUUCUGUUUUUUUUCUCUUUGUCUGCCAGAAGAUGCAUCCUUGUCAUAUGCCUCUUUCUGUUUUUUCUUUGUCUGCCAGAAGAUGCAUCCUUGUCAUAUGCCUCUUUCUGUUUUUCCUUUUUGUCUGUUUUCUCUUUGUCUGAGAUGCAUCCUUGUCAUAUGCCUCUUUCUGUUUUUUCUUUGUCUGACAGAAGAUGCAUCCUUGUCAUAUCUUUGUUUUUCUCCAGAAGAUGCAUCCUUGUCAUAUGCCUCUUUCUGUUUUUCUCUUUGUCUCUCAGAAGAUGCAUCCUUGUCAUAUGCCUCUUUCUGUUUUUCUCUUUGUCUGACAGAAGAUGCAUCCUUGUCAUAUGCCUCUUUUUCUGUUUUUCUCUUUUGUCUCUCAGAAGAUGCAUCCUUGUCAUAUGCCUCUUUCUGUUUUUUUUCUUUGUCUGCCAGAAGAUGCAUCCUUGUCAUAUGCCUCUUUCUGUUUUUCUCUUUGUCUGUCAGAAGAUGCAUCCUUUCUCAUAUGCCUCCUUGUUUCUGUUUUUUUCUCUUUGUCUGUCAGAAGAUGCAUCCUUGUCAUAUGCCUCUUUCUGUUUUUCUUUUGUCUGCCAGAAGAUGCAUCCUUGUCAUAUGCCUCUUUCUGUUUUUUCUCUUUGUCUGCCAGAAGAUGCAUCCUUGUCAUAUGCCUCUUUCUGUUUUUCUCUUUCUGUCUGUCAGAAGAUGCAUCCUUGUCAUAUGCCUCUUUCUGUUUUUCUUUCUUUGUCUGCCAGAAGAUGCAUCCUUGUCAUAUGCCUCUUUCUGUUUUUCUCUUUGUCUGCCAGAAGAUGCAUCCUUGUCAUAUGCCUCUUUCUGUUUUUCUUUUGUCUGCCAGAAGAUGCAUCCUUGUCAUAUGCCCUCUUUCUGUUUUUUCUCUUUGUCUGUCAGAAGAUGCAUCCUUGUCAUAUGCCUCUUUCUGUUUUUCUCUUUGUCUCUCAGAAGAUGCAUCCUUGUCAUAUGCCUCUUUCUUUUCUCUUGUCUGUUUUUUCUUUUUCUGUUUUUCUUUGUCUCAGAAGAUGCAUCCUUGUCAUAUGCCUUUUCUUUCUGUUUUUUUGCUUUUCUGUCUGACAGAAGAUGCAUCCUUGUCAUAUGCCUCUUUCUGUUUUCUCUUUGUCUGCCAGAAGAUGCAUCCUUGUCAUAUGCCUCUUUCUGUUUUUCUUUGUCUGCCAGAAGAUGCAUCCUUGUCAUAUGUCUUUCUUUUUCUGUUUUUCUUUUUGUCUGCCAGAAGAUGCAUCCUUGUCAUAUGCCUCUUUCUGUUUUUUUCUUUGUUUCUCUAAGAUGCAUCCUUGUCAUAUGCCUCUUUCUGUUUUUCUUUUGUCUUGCAUCCUUGUCAUAUGCCUCUUUCUGUUUUUCUCUUUUCUGCCAGAAGAUGCAUCCUUGUCUAUGCCUCUUUCUGUUUUUCUCUUUGUCUGCCAGAAGAUGCAUCCUUGUCAUAUGCCUCUUUCUGUUUUUUUUCUUUUGUCUGUCAGAAGAUGCAUCCUUUUGUCAUAUGCCUCUUUCUGUUUUUUCUCUUUGUCUGUCAGAAGAUGUCAUCCUUUUCUGUUUUCUCUUUGUCUGCCAUGCCUUGUCUUUUCUUUUUUUUUCUCUUUGUCUCUCAGAAGAUGCAUCCUUGUCAUAUGCCUCUUUCUGUUUUUUCUUUGUCUGCCAGAAGAUGCAUCCUUGUCAUAUGCCUUUUCUGUUUUUCUUUGUCUGUUUAAGAUGCAUCCUUGUUUAUGCCUUUUUUCUGUUUUUCUCUUUGUCUGCCAGAAGAUGCAUCCUUGUCAUUCUGCCCUUUCUGUUUUUUUCUUUAAGAUGCAUCCUUGUCAUAUGCCUCUUUUUCUGUUUUUCUCUCUUUGUCUGUCAGAAGAUGCAUCCUUGUCAUAUGCCUCUUUCUGUUUUUCUUUUUGUUUUGUCUGCCAGAAGAUGCAUCCUUGUCAUAUGCCUUUUCUUUCUUUUUUUUCUUUUUCUGCCAGAAGAUGCAUCCUUGUCAUAUGCCUCUUUCUGUUUUUUAUUUUGUCUGCCAGAAGAUGCAUCCUUGUCAUAUGCCUCUUUCUGUUUUUUCUCUUUGUCUGCCAGAAGAUGCAUCCUUGUCAUAUGCCUCUUUUCUGUUUUUCUCUUUGUCUGCCAGAAGAUGCAUCCUUGUCAUAUGCCUCUUUUGUUUUUUUCUCUUUUUUCUGCCAGAAGAUGCAUCCUUGUCAUAUGCCUCUUUCUGUUUUUCUUUUUGUCUGCCAGAAGAUGCAUCCUUGUCAUAUGCCUCUUUCUGUUUUUUUUUUUUGUUCUGCCAGAAGAUGCAUCCUUUCAUAUGCCCUUUCUAAGAUGCAUCCUUGUCAUAUGCCUCUUUCUGUUUUUCUUUUGUCUGCCAGAAGAUGCAUCCUUGUCAUAUGCCUCUUUUCUGUUUUUCUUUUUGCCAGAAGAUGCAUCCUUUUGUCAUAUGCCUGCUUUUCUAAGAUGCAUCCUUGUCAUAUGCCUCUUUCUGUUUUUCUUUUGUCUGUCAGAAGAUGCAUCCUGUCAUAUGCCUCUUUCUGUUUUUUUUCUUUGUCUGCCAGAAGAUGCAUCCUUGUCAUAUGCCUCUUUUCUGUUUUUUUCUUUGUCUGCCAGAAGAUGCAUCCUUGUCAUAUGCCUUUUCUUUUGUUUUUCUCUUUUGUCUGCCAGAAGAUGCAUCCUUGUCAUAUGCCCUCUUUCUGUUUUUUUUCUCUUUGUCUGCCAGAAGAUGCAUCCUUGUCAUAUGCCUCUUUCUGUUUUUUCUUUGUCUGCCAGAAGAUGCAUCCUUGUCAUAUGCCUCUUUCUGUUUUUCUUUUGUCUGCCAGAAGAUGCAUCCUUGUCAUAUGCCUCUUUCUGUUUUUUCUUUGUCUGCCAGAAGAUGCAUCCUUGUCAUAUGCCUUUUUCUUUUUUUGUUUUUCAUAUGCCUUUUCUGUCUGCUUUUGAAGAUGCAUCCUUGUCAUAUGCCUCUUUCUGUUUUUUUCUUUGUCUGCCAGAAGAUGCAUCCUUGUCUGCCAUAUGCCCUUUCUGUUUUUUCUUUGUCUGCCAGAAGAUGCAUCCUUGUCAUAUGCCUUUUCUGUUUUUCUCUUUGUCUGCCAGAAGAUGCAUCCUUGUCAUAUGCCUCUUUCUGUUUUUCUUUUUUGUCUGUCAGAAGAUUUUUCCUUGUCUCAGAAGAUGCAUCCUUGUCCUCUUUCUGUUUUUUCUCUUUUCUGCCAGAAGAUGCAUCCUUGUCAUAUGCCUCUUUCUGUUUUCUCUUUUUGUCUGCCAGAAGAUGCAUCCUUGUCAUAUGCCUCUUUCUGUUUUUUUUUUUUUGUCUGCUGAAGAUGCAUCCUUGUCAUAUGCCUCUUUCUGUUUUUCUCUUUGUCUGCCAGAAGAUGCAUCCUUGUCAUAUGCCUUUCUUUCUGUUUUCCUUGUCAUAUGCUUUUUGUCUCUCAGAAGAUGCAUCCCUUGUCAUCCUUGUCAUCUGCCAGAAGAUGCAUCCUUUUCCCUUUUUUCUUUUUGUCUCCAGAAGAUGCAUCCUUGUCAUAUGCCUCUUUCUUUUUUUCUCUUUAAGAUGCAUCCUUGUCAUAUGCCUCUUUCUUUCUGUUUUUCUUUUGUCUGCCAGAAGAUGCAUCCUUGUCAUAUGUCUUUUCUGUUUUUCUCUUUGUCUGCCAGAAGAUGCAUCCUUGUCAUAUGCCUCUUUCUGUUUUUCAUAUGCUUUUGUCUGCCAGAAGAUGCAUCCUUGUCAUAUGCCUCCUUUCUUUCUGUUUUUCCUUGUCUUUUGUUUUUUUUCUGUCUGCAGAAGAUGCAUCCUUGUCAUAUGCCUCUUUCUGUUUUCUCUUUUGUCUGCCAGAAGAUGUAUCCUUGUCAUAUGCCUCUUUCUGUUUUUUUCUUUUGUCUGCCAGAAGAUGCAUCCUUGUCAUAUGCCUCUUUCUGUUUUUUUCUUUGUCUCUCAGAAGAUGCAUCCUUGUCAUAUGCCUCUUUCUGUUUUUCUCUUUGUCUCUCAGAAGAUGCAUCCUUUUAUCUAAUCAUUCUGUUUUCUCUUCUGUUUUUCAUCUUUUGUCUUUUGCCAGAAGAUGCAUCCUUGUCAUAUGCCUCUUUCUGUUUUUUUCUUUGUCUGAAGAUGCAUCCUUGUCAUAAGAUGCAUCCUUGUCAUAUGCCUCUUUUCUGUUUUUUUCUCUUUGUCUGCCAGAAGAUGCAUCCUUGUCAUAUGCCUCUUUCUGUUUUCUCUUUGUUUUUCUUUGUUUUUCUUUUGCCAGAAGAUCCUUGCAUCCUUGUCAUAUGCCUCCUUUCUUUUUUUUCUUUGUCUGCCAGAAGAUGCAUCCUUGUCAUAUGCCUCUUUCUUUUUCUCUUUGUCUGCCAGAAGAUGCAUCCUUGUCAUAUGCCUCUUUCUGUUUUUUCUUUUGUCUGCCAGAAGAUGCAUCCUUGUCAUAUGCCUUUUUCUUUUUCUUUGUCUGCCAGAAGAUGCAUCCUUGUCAUAUGCCCUUUCUGUUUUUUCUUUUUGUCUGCCAGAAGAUGCAUCCUUGUCAUAUGCCUCUUUUUCUGUUUUUUCUUUUGUCUGCCAGAAGAUGCAUCCUUGUCAUAUGCCUCUUUCUGUUUUUCUUUUUGUCUGCCAGAAGAUGCAUCCUUGUCAUAUGCCUCUUUCUGUUUUUUCUCUUUGUCUGCCAGAAGAUGCAUCCUUGUCAUAUGCCUCUUUCUGUUUUUUCUUUGUCUGUCAGAAGAUGCAUCCUUGUCAUAUGCCUCUUUUUUUGUUUUUUGUCAGAAGAUACCUUGUCAUAUGCCUUCCCUCUGA